GCUUUAUGUGUAGAUUUCACGUUCUCCCGCGGAAAAGAGAGGGAGAGAAGGGAGGAGCUUAAAUGGCGCCAUAACGUGAGAAAAUUCUUCUUGUCAUCCAGAGGAAGACUACCCAUUUUUGAUAAUUUCUUCUUUCAUCAUCAUCUCUCUCAAUUAGGAAUUCUAGCCAUGGCUGCACUGCACCAAAUCAUCUGGGUCUCUUCAUAAAGGUUUGGCAUUCAAGAAGCUCGAGCAUCAAUUCUUACUAGGCAUUUUUUUCAUAUCAGAUGGGAAAGGAUCUACAACACCAACCCUCGAGCAUAUCUUUUCAAAAUAACAGUCCAGGAUGUAUGUGGAAUAUACUUCAUCAUAUUAACAACCAUAGGUGGUAUCAUGCCAGGAAAAGGCUUGCUAAUAAGAGUUAUGACAGGGGAAAACAUGCUACUGUGGUUAGAGAUUCCGGGGGCAGCACAACUACAUUGGGUGCUGGUGAGAUGCAAGAAAAUCUUGAUGCUACAGUAAACAUUUCAUCUGGUGAAGUGAAUUUGACAGAGUCUAGCUCAGUACACAAAAGCUCAACGAAAUCUCGAAUAAAGGCCUUGAUAACUGAACAGGUUAAAAGAAGGGGUCGACAUCGCCGGAGUUCUUCUGACCCUAUUCGAAAGCAACUGGGACGAACUACUUCCAUUCAUCAUCUAGAAAUUUCUGAUGUCGACCCAUCUGCCGAGAUUGCUUUACAUGGUGAGAUAGUGGGAAAUAAAGAUAUUGCUGGUUCAUCGGACCCUUUCAUGGAAAAGGUCAGUGAUAAUAAGCAGCGGAGGCAACUGGUUGGGAAUCAUAAUCUCCUCCAGGGAAAGUUGAUGUAUGAAAUGAGGCCUAGUAAAUAUGCUUCGGCCCAAGAGUCGAAAUUAUUUCUAGAUGCUUUGGAUUUACUUAACAUGAGAGAAGAGUUGUUCAUGAAAAUUUUACAAGAUCCAAAUUGUUCAUUCGCAAAUCAGUUACAUGGUAGGCGGAGGUCAAGUUUAAGGUUUGGACUAACCAAAUCUGUGUCAUUUCCCAUGGCUGGUUCAUCAGGGAGAAUAAAUGAUAAGCCCAAUUUUAUACCAGAAGAGGAAGAUAAUAAAACAUCCGCAAAAGAUUUCAACAAGCAUUUGUUGACAUCAAGAGGUGCAUUUGUGGGAGGUGGUAUAGCUGAAAAUGUUCCUCCUAGUUCUGCACGUGCCCUCAAGAAGCGCCAUGAGAAUAAAGUUGUCAUUAAGCGUUUCAAGAAUCUUAGAGAAAAGCUAAAACAUGCAAUCUGGGAGAGCAAAAAUGAGAAACAACGAAUCAUAAUGGAUGCAGUCCUUCAUAAAGUUCCUUAUGGUCGGAGAGUUUCCAAGGAAGCAAAGGAGGAUACUCACAUGCAUAACGGGCCAGUCACAGACAAAUCUAAUAAAUACAGUCAGGGAAGUGAUCAAUUUGGUUCUGGUGAUGGCAAGAGUGGCCUGAAAGAUAUCAAGAGAACAUCAUCAUUUAAUGAAUCAUUAGAUAGAUAUAGGCGAUUACUGGAGACCAGUUUCGGCAGAGAAGAAAAACACCACAUAUCUGAAGAAUCAAGGUUGAGAACAAGAACAUCUUCACCUGUUGGGACAAGUCACGCUAGUCUGGCUAGGAUUCUCUCACUUCCUGAUCUCAGUUCCUACUCUUAUUUUCCUAGCGAAGAAUCUCCCAGUGCUAGUUCUUUAAAUGCACGGCUUGAUAAUUCUGCAGGGAACAUAUUGAUAGUAAGUAAUCAGCAUGGUGAACAAAGAUCUUUAGUUCGAGAUUUGAAGAGUAAAAUUCAACCAGAAGCUGUUUCAGAAAGUGGAAAUCAAGAAUACUUAUCAGAAGUUAUUGAGACAUUUGAUGACAAUGGUAAUUUGGGAACAACGAAGAAAUCAUCCUCCCAUGAUGUCAAUUUUGAGCACAGCCUAAGUUCUUCUCAGGUGGAAAAACUAAAUUCAGUUUUUGAGCACAAAUCACACUAUCCGGAGGAUGAAAUUGUCCCCUAUCAUCCCAUGUCAAUAACAAAAGGUUACUUCUCUUUAAGCUCUGUUUGUUUCAGCAAAAAAGGUUUUAAAAUUAUGACUAUUGUAGAGGAAAAUGAACUAAUUCAUCACAUAAUAUUUUUCCUUUUAAAAAUACUAGUUAGGCAAUUGUGA